GUGGACGACUCUUCAACAAUCCUUCUCUACAAUCAGGUUGACUUAUUGAGUGUAAACAUUUACGUAAUGAUCAUGGCCUCAUUAGUGUGCACCCUACAGGACCACAGAGAUGAUGUGAACUGCUGUGCGCUCUCAGACUCUUUACUGGCCACCUGCUCUGGAGACAAAACCGUCCGCGUGUAUUCCCUGCAGGACUUCCGUGAACUGGCCUUCUCUCCUCUCUGCGGUCACGGUUACGGUGUUCACUGCUGCUCUUUCAGCCGCUGCGGCAGAUAUCUGGUGUCCUGCUCCACGGAUGCGGUGACUAUGGUCUGGAGAGCGCACACAGGUGCAGUGGUGGCUUCACUGGAGCAUCCGGCACGCAGUCCAAUUCGGGUCUGCUCGUUCUCUCCUGAUGCGCUUUAUCUGCUGUCUGGCGCUGCUGACGGGACCGUUGUGCUCUGGAAUGUGCAGUCAAAGACACUGCAAAGAUGUGCCAAAGUCAGUGAGGGCACCGUGCUGGCGUGCUGUUUCUCUCCGUGUGGACAGAUGUUCAUAACAGGCUCCACUCAUGGAGAACUUCAUCUGUGGAAUCUGGCCAUGAGCUCUUUACACACCCAGAGAGAAGCACAUGAUCUGGGAGUCAACUGCUGUCACUUCUCUCCACAGAUCUGCAUCGAUGGUCAGACAGUGAAGUUUCGAUUGGCGUCUGGUGGGCAGGAUAACCAGCUGAGGAUAUGGAUCGUUUCCCAGCAUGCAACAGCAGGUUACAAGAUGUCACUGAUGUUUACACUGUCAGCUCAAUCUGCUCCUGUUCUCUCCUGUGCAUUCUCAUUUGACGGACAGCUGCUCGUCUCUGGGUCUGUGGAUAAAACAGUCACUAUAUAUGAUGUGAAUCAUGGAGAGCUUUUACACACUCUAACGCAGCAUGACAGAUAUGUGACAGCAUGUGCAUUCUCUCCCUGCGUGUUGAUGUUUGCAUCUGGCUCUAUGGAUAAGACAGUGAAUAUCUGGAGAAUUGGAGAUGGAAAUGCUCAAGCACCAGAAUCUUUGCAGAUGACAUGUCCAGGAAGGAAGUCCCUGGGUUACUCCAGAAUGCUGGUCAAUGAUUGGUCAGAUGAGGAUGUGUGUGAGUGGCUUCAGGACGAAGGGUUUGAAGCUGUGGUGGACACGUUUAGGGCCCACAACAUCGACGGGGCCGAACUCAUCGCCCUAAACAAGGAGACACUGGCCACUGAAUUUAACAUAGAAUCAGUGGGUCUUCGUGGUAAAGUCAUGAGGAAGAUUGAGGAGCUGAGAUCUGCUCUGAUUGGCUCAGAUGUUCCAGAUGAGUUCCUCUGUCCAAUCACCAGAGAGACCAUGAAGGACCCCGUAAUGGCUGCAGAUGGUUAUUCAUACGAGAGAGAGGCAAUCGAGAGCUGGAUCAACACUCCCAAUCGGUCGAGCCCGAUGACAAACCUGCCUUUACAAACCAACAUAUUGACCCCCAACAGAACCCUGAAUAUGGCCAUACAGCGAUGGAGAGCCAGUAGCCACAUCUUACACACCAACACUACUAGCUUUGUGUAAAUGUGUACAAUUGUCUGUUCGCACUGCCAACAAAUCUGAUUUGGUUUUCAAAUUCAAUCUUUGGUGCUGACUGUUCACACUGUCAUUUUGCAAGUUAUUAAAUCAGAUACUUGAGUUUGAACAGUGCAGUCAAUACAGUGUAAUUGUAGGGUUCCCGAAGUAAAAAUCCCAUUAAUUUUCUCCAAAGAGAAAUUGAGUUUUAAUGAUUUUUAAUAUAAAACCUUUCAAGACAGACCUACCAUUAGUCCCAAGACUGAGUGAUGUAUGCUUCAGUAAAAGCCAAAAGUUGGUGUGAUUUUUCAACUGGUACUGUCUCUGUGUAGAAAAUGUAUGGGAAAAAUGCAAAUGAGACACGUUACCAAAAAGACUGAUCUGCAAAGUUUGGUUCAUCCCAAAAUAAAUUCUGUAAAUAUUUACUCAAUCUUAUGUCAUUACAAAGCCAUAUGUCUUUCUUUUUUACCUUCAAACACAAAAGGAGAUGUUAGGCAGAAUGUUAGGCUCUGACAGCCUCAGUCACCAUUUACUUCCAUUGUAUGGAAUAAAGAUGCAAUGAAAGUGAAUGGUGACUGAGGGUGUCCGUCUCCAAGAUUCUGAAAUAAAUCUGAUUUAAAUCUACUCACAAAUGUGGGUUUUUAAAAAAAUGUGGGUUUUGCAGUCAAGUAAAAAUACAAUUAUUAGAACGAGAAAUUAGUAUAGACUGCUUGGAUGGAGGUCAAAAGAAGCACUUGGCUGGACAAAUAAAAUGAAUUUCUAGACAAUCAAAAUGUAAUAAAUCAACUAAACUUUACAAAGUAUUCUGAGAAAACCUCUGAGAAAAUGCGUUGCCAUUUUUCCAAAAAAUUCCACACUGAUUUGCCUUAAUUUUUCCCUCAACGUGAGGUACCAUAUCUGUACCCAUAGGCGGCACCAGGGGUGGACUACCGGGGCUUAAGCCCCAAAUCUUUUCAGUAAAGCCUCGGAUGUCUUGUAGUGUUCAAAAAUACAAAUAGGCAAACAAUUUGUAUUGUCUGUUGGAGAUGACAUGCCCCCCUCUUCAACAAUAAAUUGUGGUGUUCCGCAAGGAUCCCUAAUAAGGCCACUUUUGUUUUGUCUAUAUAU